AUGAUGAAUCUUCACGAAACCCUCAAGCCGAAGACUCCUAAGCCAGGUGAUGGCGGUGGAUCCGGAGGUGGUGGAUCUGGAGGUGGUUGGUCUGGAGGUGGCUCAUGCCCCAGGCCAUCCCCUGAGGUUAUAAGAUGCAUGCAAGAAUGGGCGUGUCGGCAAGUCAUACGCCUGGAUCUGCGCUGUCUCCUCAAUCUGAAUGGCAACAAUUUGCUGGGCAGUCUGGUCAACGUGCACGGGGUAACCGGUGGAGCUGGAGGUGCUGGCGCUGGAGGUGCUGGAAUUCUGAACACCCUCCUGAAUGGCAAAUAGAGAGCUAGCCC